AUGAACUCGCCGUCAGAUGAAGCUGAAGAUCUUUUGGUUGCUGCUUCAAAUAAUGGUACAUCUUCUUAUAAAGACUCAUCAUUUUUGUCUCUGUCUUCUUCUCCAUCAUCAAAAUCUUCGGUGGAACUUCAACGUUUAGUUAAGGAACAACAUGACAAAACUUCCACAUUUUGGGGUAAAUUGACUCAGUUCACCAAAAUUGCUCUUUUUGGAUAUCAGAACAAGUUGGAGCAGUAUAUUUUACUGAAUGAAGCUAAUGAUUGUGCUUUAGUAGCUAAAUACGCAACUGUGGUUGAUGUUGAUCUUAAACGCCAAACAUCCUUGUCUAUUGACUCGAUAACUCUUGCAGCUUUAAAAAUACCUCACCCAUUGACCAAUUUUACCAAGAAUGAAGCAAACCAGCAAAUGGCACAAGAUAUCAAGCAGAACGUCACCAAGAAAUUGGAAGAAUCUCCUAUCAUACUUUUUAUACAUGGCAUGGGUGGCCAAAUGUCACAAUUUGAACCUUUGAUGGGCUUAUUAUCGCAAUGCUCCGAAGUGGUUUCAUUGGAUUUGCCUGGCUUUGGAAACUCAAAACUAAGCUUCAAUGACAAGCACAAGUUUUUAUCACCGAUAUCCACAACAGAUCGAAACAGAAUAUCAACUAGUAUAGCGCAAAUGACCUGGGAGGAUUUCACAACUGAAAAUAUUGUCAACAUAGUGUUUGAGUUUAUCUCCCAACAAAUUCCUGAUAAUAGAAAAGUAAUACUAGUUGGCCAUUCUAUGGGCACUCACAUUUCCAUAAAAGUAGCCAAAAAGUUACCUCGAAGCAAAGUCGAAGGUCUCAUUCUUUUAGCCCCGCCUGAUAUUAUCAACGAUACUGAAAGUACAACCAAUGUUCAAAAACCAGUGCACCACAAGUCAUUAUCUCUAUUCAAAAUAUUUACACAUCUACCGCGGUUGUUUGAUUAUUUUCGCAUAUGGGAUCGUCUCCCUGGCCUUCAGAGCACUAGCGUCAUGCGUCAAUUGUCACGGGAGAAUAAUUCUUAUUACAAUAGCCUAAGACAAUUUAGAUGGAACUUAGAUGUCAAUUCUUCGGUAUCAUUGAGAUACGCUAAGGGGUUCGAACGAGCAAAAACCUCAGAUUUGGUAACAGCUGUUGAGAAGUUUAAUGAUAAUCCCAACGAUAAGCAUACUUACGAAAAAACUUUAUUUAUUGGUGGCUCGCAUGAUCAAUUGACAGGAGUCAGACCCAUCUAUGAUGCCGACAAUUUUUUAACACGCACGUUUGGAAAGAAAGUGUCAUCUGCAAUUGAGGUGAAAGAUGUGGGACACUCUUUACUUUUGGUCAAGCCAGAAUUCAUCAGUGGGAUUAUUUUGAACCACAUAGAGCAAAAGUUUCCUGAACGUUUACAUUUGUCUCCGGCUUGGGUGCUUAAGGUAAAGGCCAUUAUCUCUGGCGACAAAUGGGGGUUAAAAAACGAAUUGAAAUGGCUGAAUUUAAAACCUAUAUCUUCGAAUAUUACGCGACGCAAUGGCACAGAUAUCGCUCCACUUUUGGGGAUGAAAACCUUGCGAGAAGGAGACCAGUUUCAUAGUCCCACUGUUGUUGAAUCAUUCUUUUACAGUGAUCGCAGCAGUCAUAAAAAAGAUAUUACAGGGAAUCUCAUUGCUAUAAUAGAUAUCUCUGCGGAUAUUCCACCCUAUAGCCCCAAGUCAUUUCAAAAUAUUCAAUACUACAAAUGUGCUACAGUUUCCAAAGUUGUACCGGAUCAAAGCUCAAUUCGUAGAUUUAUUCAACUAGUCAACGACAUUUUGCAAAGCAAUAGCAGCACUAACGGGGAGCCACUUAUUGGUGUUCAUUGUCACUAUGGAUUUAACAGAACAGGUUUUUUGAUUUGUUGCUAUUUAAUUGAGGAGCUAGGAUGGAGCGUACAAGAGGCAGUCGAAGGGUUCAGACGAGCUAAAGAACCUGGUAUUAAACAUCCACAUUUUAUAGAUGCAUUAUACGUUAGAUACGAUACUUAG